CGACUACGGCGGCUGCGAGGAGGGGGAGGGGAAAGAAGGGCCGGCCGGUGCCGUCAGUCAGGCCGCGGGAGCCGCCGGGAGCGGAUGGCGGCGGCUGUAACGGUUCCACUCGCCGCCGGGGGUGAGGAAGUAGCAGCUCCAGUCUCCGUGCCAGGAUCUCCGGGUCUCCCCGGGAGCCGCAGCGCAGAACGAGCUCUAGAGGAGGCCGUGGCGACCGGGACCCUGAACUUGUCCAACCGACGCUUGAAGCAUUUCCCCCGGGGCGCGGCCCGCAGCUACGACCUGUCAGACAUCACCCAGGCUGACCUGUCCCGGAACCGGUUUCCCGAGGUGCCCGAGGCAGCGUGCCAACUUGUAUCCCUGGAAGGCCUGAGCCUCUACCACAACUGCCUGAGAUGCCUGAACCCAGCCUUGGGGAAUCUCACAGCCCUCACCUACCUCAACCUCAGCCGGAACCAACUGUCGUCGUUGCCACCCUACAUCUGCCAGCUGCCCCUGCGAGUGCUCAUUGUCAGCAACAACAAGCUGGGAGCCCUGCCUCCUGACAUCAGCACCUUGGGAAGCCUGCGGCAGCUUGAUGUGAGCAGCAAUGAGCUGCAGUCCCUCCCUGUGGAGCUGUGUAACCUCCGUUCCCUGCGGGACCUUAAUGUUCGGAGGAAUCAGCUCAGCACCCUUCCUGAUGAAUUGGGGGACCUUCCUCUGGUCCGCCUGGAUUUCUCCUGUAACCGUGUCUCCCGCAUCCCGGUCUCCUUCUGCCGCCUCAGGCACCUGCAGGUCAUUCUGCUGGACAGCAACCCCCUGCAGAGCCCACCUGCCCAGAUCUGCCUGAAAGGGAAACUUCACAUCUUCAAGUACUUAUCAACUGAGGCUGGGCGACGUGGACCUGCCCUGGGGGACCUGGCCCCUUCCCGCCCCCCAAGUUUUAGCCCCUGCCCCGCUGAAGAUUUAUUUCCAGGACGUCGAUACAAUGGUGGUCUGGACUCAGGCUUCCACAGUGUUGACAGUGGUAGCAAGCGGUGGUCUGGAAAUGAGUCCACAGAUGAGUUUUCAGAGCUGUCAUUCCGGAUUUCAGAGCUGGCCCGGGAGCCUCGGGGGCCCAGAGAACGGAGAGAGGAUGGUUCUGGUGAUGGAGACCUGGAACAGAUUGACUUCAUCGACAGCCAUGUCCCUGGGGAGGACGAGGAGCGAGGUCCUGCUGAGGAGCAGCUGCCUCCUGAUUUAAACCUUGUAGCAGGGGAUGCGGAAAAGGCACUGAGCAGCAGGCGGGAGGAGCCGGCAGGGGAGGAGAGGCGGCGCCCAGAUACCUUGCAGUUGUGGCAGGAGCGGGAGCGACGGCAGCAGCAGCAGAGUGCGCUGUGGGGAGCCCCCAAGAAGGACAGUGUCCUGAAGCUGGGGAUCAGGGCUGCUGGGACAGGUGCUGCCACCUCGUCGACUCAGGCUGCCUGCAAUGGCCCACCCAAGUUCAUUACCACCCAACUGGGAGCUUCAGGGGGACAGGGAGCUCCUACACCUGCCUCCACCUCCCAGGAGCCCCUUCCUGUGUCUGGACCAGCGACAGCUCCUGCUCCCCGGCCGCUGGGCUCCAUUCAGAGACCAAACAGCUUCCUCUUCCGUUCCUCUUCCCAGAGUGGCUCAGGCCCUUCCUCCCCAGACUCUGUCUUGAGACCUCGGCUAUCUCCACAGAUUCCAGACGAGAAGGAGUUAGUGUCCCAUCUGCGCCAGGUCCUUGAGUCACGGCUGCAGCAGCCUCUGCCAGAUGACCUGGCUGAAGCUCUUGCCAACGGGGUCAUCCUCUGCCAGCUGGCUAACCAGCUGCAGCCCCGCUCGGUACCCUUCAUUCACGUGCCCUCUCCUGCUGUGCCAAAGCUCAGUGCCCUUAAGUCUCGGAAGAAUGUGGAGAGUUUCUUAGAAGCUUGUCGAAAAAUGGGGGUGCCUGAGCUUCCAUGUGUCGUUUGUCCACAAGCGUCCGGCAGGGUCUACCAGGAGCCCGGGCCCCUUCACAUUAGCCUUGCUUGGGACCACCAGGGGAACUUAACCUGGGCCCCUCCCCCAGGAGUCCCUGUGCCUGCCCCACCACAUCCUGGAAGAGGAGGGGGCCCCCGGAAGGGGACUCCCCCACAUCGCUGCUGUCCUUCAAGCGCUGCUGGACCGGCCUUAGGGGUGGAGGUCGGGCUCGGCGCAGCCGCUGCAGGACGGCGCCCAGAAGCAGAAGACCCCCGGCUCUGCCCACUACCAAGGACUGGGUGGCAGUGCCCUGGGUGCGCUGGCCUGGGCAGCCCUCGUACUCGGGCUGCUUCGGUGGCAGGCGGGGUGGAGACCCUGUGUGAAUGUGUGAGCACAAUAAAGAAGGCCGUAGGCCGGCCCCAGGUGUGUGCGCGCCCUGGCUUCUGUGGGUGCCGCGGUGGGCUGCGCCUGGGGUGGGCUGCGCUUGGGCUUGGCGCCAAGGGGACUCGCGGCUCUGCCGCCAGGGGGAGCCUGAGAGCCUGGCGGGAGCGCGCCACGUGGCGGGAUACGCUCAGCUCAGCGCUGGCGUUGUGCGACGCCUCAGAGGUAGGCCAGGCCGGGUUCCAUGCCACGGGCGCGCAGACGGCCCUGCCCUAAGCCUGUCCGGACACCGAUGUUGC